CGGAUGGGUGGGGCUCAGAGCACCGAAGCCAAGACACCCCCGUCUUGAGUUGGGAGGAGGAGGACCCAGAAACCCCUGCGUCUUGGCCCGUUGCGAUAAGAUAAGCAUGGGGCCAAAAAAAGAUUGAACCGACCCGCGUCUCACAGGCAAGAAGUUCUAAUCUGUAGUGGGUGCAAGCAAUCAAUCCCACCCCUCGAACUUCCUACACCGACCACCAAGCACCAGCAUGGUCCCAUUUCCACACUCAACGCGGUCAUGAAAUCGUUGCUCGGGGCCGCCUGGAAACCCCCCAAACGCGUGGUGCACGUUGUACAGCGAUGGCGGACUGCCAGACAUAAACCUAGCUCCAAAUACUCUCAUCAGCACACCCGAGGCGGCGGCCUCUCCAAGCUGCCGCCCGAUGGAUUUCCGAAAAAUCCCCAUGCCGAGCGUUCAUUGCGAUCUGGGCUCCAGACUGAGGGGUCAUCGGCGUCGCGGCGCCCGGCCUUCGUGACGCGGCGCAACUAUCAACUCUUCAGCAACCUCGUCGAGUCACGCUUCGCCAAGGUCCUAGAGUCGAUGGGUGCUUGGUCUGAGAAGCAGGAAGAAUGGCGCUCCUUCGGUAUUACCAGCCAGACCUUGCUGGACCGCGAGUCGGGCCUGUUCAAAAUGGUGCUGAACAAGGCCUUCGAGCUGGCCACCGACGGCAGCAAGACGAGUCGCCAGGAUAACCCGCUGUUCUGGAACCUGCGUAACGCCUUCAUCCGUUCCGACGCCGCCGGCCUAGCCCGCGAGCUCAAGAUCGGCUUCCAGACCUACCUCAUGCGCAACCGUUUCCCCAAGACCAUCAACGAGCUGCACCAAGCCCUCGCCGACAUGCGCUUCCCCUACGAGUGGUACCCAGCCACCCGCAUGAUGCAGCGCACCGUCCAUCUCCACGUCGGUCCCACCAACUCGGGCAAGACGUACAACGCCCUUCUGGCCCUCGAGAACUCGCGCACGGGCAUUUACGCCGGCCCGCUACGCUUGCUGGCCCACGAGACUUACAGCCGCUUCACGGCCAAGGACAAGCCGUGCGCGCUGAUCACGGGCGAGGAGAUGAGGAUCCCGAGCGACAAAUCGGACACGUGGUUCCACAGCUGCACCGUCGAGAUGGCGCCGCUCAACGCAAGGGUUGAUGUCGCCGUUAUCGACGAGAUCCAGAUGAUCGCCGACGACGACCGUGGCUGGGCCUGGACCCAGGCCUUCCUCGGCGUCCAGGCCAAGGAGGUGCACCUGUGCGGAGAGGAGCGGGUGGUGCCGCUCAUCCAGGACCUGUGCGCCAGGAUCGGGGAGAAAUGUGUGGUGCAUCACUAUAAGCGCCUCAACCCGCUCGAGGUCAUGGACAAGAGCAUGAAGGGCAAGUUCACCAACCUGCAGAAGGGAGACGCCAUCAUCGCCUUCUCCAAGGUCGCCAUCCACCAGCUGAAGGUGGGUAUCGAGAAGGCGACGGGCCGCCGGUGCGCCAUCGUCUACGGCAGCCUGCCGCCCGAGACCCGCGCCAGCCAGGCCGCGCUCUUCAACGACCCCAACAACGAGUACGACUUCCUCGUCGCCAGCGAUGCCAUCGGCAUGGGGCUGAACCUCGAGGUCAAGCGCGUCAUCUUCGAGUCGAGCUUCAAGUUCGACGGCGUCAGCUUUCGCCACCUCACCACCCCGGAGAUCAAGCAGAUCGGCGGCCGUGCCGGGCGCUACAGGACCGCCGCGCAAGCCAUCAAGGGCGACACGACCAAGCCGCCCCCGGGCCUCGUCUCGACGCUCGACGACGAAGACCUCGAGAACGUCGGCAAAGCAUUCAAGCUCCAACCCGGGCCCAUCCCCACCGCCGGCCUCUUCCCUCCCGCCUCCGUCAUCGAGCGGUUCCACUCGUACUUCCCGGCCAAGACGCCCAUCAGUUUUGUUCUCGCCCGGUUGCGUGAGAUUGGUAGGCUGUCGCCGCGCUUCCACAUGUGCAACUUCAACGAGGCCCUGGCGAUUGCCGAGAUCAUCCGGGAUUAUGACCUGAGCAUAACGGAUCGCUGUGUAUUUAUCAAAGUGCCCAUCAACCUGCGUGAUCCCAAGCAGGUCAGGGCCCUGCAGUCGUUUGCCAACUGCGUCGCCGAGCUCGGCAGCGGCCGUCUCCUCGACUUUGACACCUUCGACCUCAACGUCCUCGACGAGGUCCGCCCCAGCAUGGCCGCAGAGCAGGCCAAAUAUCUACAGCGGUUGGAGUCGCUGCACCAGACCAUCACCAUGUACCUCUGGCUGAGCUACCGCUACCAGGGCGUCUUCCAGAGCCAGAACCUCGCCUUCAAGGUCAAGACGCUGGUGGAGGAGAAGAUUGCCAACCAUCUCGAGAAGCUGAGCUUCACCGAAGACUGGCAGCGCCUCAAGAGACAGCGCGUGCGGAAGAUGGGCAAGAAGCUCGGGAAGAAGGAGGCCACUCUGCUGGGGCCGGGCGAGGAGGAUAUCAUGAACCCCGAUGCCGAGGGGCUCGCAGACUGGGUCGGGGAGCAGAAGGACCUGUAUCCGGAGACGGUCGCGGUGACGCCCGAGGGAGAAAAGGAGGGCGUCGAGGCGGGCGCGCAGGCCUGAGGGGUGGGGGUUGUGUAUGAUACCACGUGGUGGAGACGCAUGUAUAUGGCGGCGUCUAAGACGGCGGUGUCACAAGGCGUUGUGUGUAUGAUACGGACGUGUGCAUAUGGAAAGCGUCAGGCAUAGAUGGACUUGGGAUUGGAAUAAUCUCAAAAAGCGUUGAAUUUUCGUUUGCAUUUCAGGUUUCGUGUUAUAAUGUUAGGCACAUCAUCACACCGGCCAUUUCCCCAAUGAACCUGAGAAUGGAAGAACGAAUCCUCUGGGUAUCGAAGAUCGGGGUUCCAGUUAUCCUGCGAAUCCGAC